AUGAACCGCAAGGAGUUGUUAAAGGAGCUCGAUGCGCUGCAAGACAGAUACAAGAUCCAGCAAAAGUACGGUCGCUCCGUGCUCCCAGAGUCCGCCGUGCCGAUCGGGCCCGCAGCGCUCCGUGUGGCCGAGGAGCGCUUGGCCACCCGAUUGCCGCCUUCUCGGGCAGAGCGGGCGCUGGAGGAGAUUGCCCUUGGCCAAGCGCUGUGGAAGAAGUUCCAGGAGCAGGCCGAGGCCGACGAGAAGAGCAAGGAGCUUCGAGGGCCGGAUGGCGUGGCGCAGCGGAAGGAUGGGCUUGACAUGUCCUUCCAUCAGCUGCUCAACGAUGCCUCUCGCAUGCGCACCCAACUGAAUGAGAUCGGCCUUCAGCUGGGUCAGGCUGGGCGCAGCCGCGCCUUGGACCACCUGCACGAGAGCCGGGCUGUUCCACGGGAGCUGCAGGAGCAGUACAGAGAGCAGCAGAAGGUGCUCGUGGAACAGAAGCGGCUUCUGGAGCAACUUCGGCACGAGCGCGAGCUUGCCGCUGGGGACCAGUAUUGGAUCCAUCGCCAGAACCGGCUUGACCACCAUGAUAACAUUGUGGGAAAGCCAGGAGUGGAUCCGGCCGUGCCGCCAGAGGAACUGUACCAGGCUCAUCAGAAGAUGAGGGACGGUCCCGAAGCUGAGCGGAUCUAUGGGUGGAGCGACCCCCAACCGGCAGCUGCCCCACAGGAUGCGCGCGUGUAUGCCGAGAUUCUCCGUGUGUCGCGCAGACAGCAGCCGGGAACUGUGGCCGAGCUAUGCAUCAUUGACAGGGCAGGGGUGACGCUGGCCCGCUGCACGGCAGACUUUCCAGACCAAGUUGGAGAACGCUGCUGUAUGGAAGUGACAGUUCCAGCGACUUCUGUCAACAGUGCCACAGCAGAGGUGUCGUUGCUGGGCCCCAGCUUGCAAAACACCAUCAGAGUGCCAUUGGUGAAGUUGAAGGAGGCCCGUGGGCAACCUCAGGACUACACAAUGGAAGGUGAGAAGCCACUGAUCGUCAACAUGGACUUGUGCUGCGCGAAGCCACAAGACUCACGUGGGCACAAGCUACAGUCGUCACGGGUGGUUGAGAACGCAGCGGGAGUUUGCCCGGUUUCAGACCUGCCUGGAGCAUACCCUGAGCUACCUGCUUCAGAUGCACAUCGGCGUGCGCAGAAGGCAGCAUGGGAGAGACAGGGGCGCCCCGACUACAUCCACGACGUGGAUCUGUCGCACAACUUAGCCCAUGAACUCGAACGUCGAGCUAACGCAGUCGCCUUGCGCAAGAGAGCGCCGGUGCCAUCCAUCAAGGCCGCGCGGAAUGACGCAGAACCGGCAGAACCAACGGCCCCAGGUCUUCGGAAGCUGCCCAAGGAGGAAAGGCCCGUCCAAGGUGGCUUCUUUUCUGGCUGGGAGGAGCCGGAGUAUCCCGACGAUGAUGAGGAGCACUCUCGGGCACGCUCUGAUAUCUCGGGUGCUUCGGCCGCCCCAUCGCAGUUCCGCGAGGGCUCUCGGGGCUUCGAUGAGAGGGGGCCGCGCGCGGAGGAGGAGCGGGAGGCCAGCCUAACACCUCGCCGUCACCAUGGCCUCGCCGAACAUGGUGGAGACAUUGAUGAGCUGGACUUCACCAGUGUUCGGCCGAGCUCUUCAAGAGCACGGCUUUCGGAGGAAGAAUUCGCGAAUGGACCCUCGCGAUAUGCUGCGGGUAGUGCCGGUUUCCGACGAAGUGGCGGCAACGAGGGCGUUCAGGUCGCUCAUGGACACCAUGGGUCCACGGACAGCCCGCCUGGAAGGGGAGCGCCCCGAAGCCACUCCCAGCCGGUGACGAAGAAAAAGAAAAAGGCCCAAGCGCCGAGGCCAUACUUUGAAGCGGAGGAGAUCGACCACACGCCCCGCGAUACAUUGGGGGAAGUCCCGCAACAGUCCCAAGAUUUCGGGUGGAUGCUGCCCGGUUUCCCAUUUGCGGCAUUUGCCGGAUUCGGAUCUGCAGCUCCCUCCUCGGGGCCAGCCACUGGUGAGAAGGAGGAAGACCCAGCCUCCAGCGAGGCGGCUGCAGCUGAGUCGCCGCAGGAGGGUCUGAGCUUUGCCAGCUUCACCCUCCCCUUUGCAGCCUUUGCAGGUUUUGGCGACGAGGGCACUGCGUCGAAACCGAAGGCGAAGGCGCCCCCGAAACCAAAGCCUCCGGCGCCCAAGCCGCCGAAGCCAAAGUCUCCAGUGGCACGCAAAGAACAGAAGGACGACCAGGUCAAAAAGAUGGCUCAAGUCGGGUGGCAGCCUUGGGCGACAUACGCUGCCGAAGAUGCCGAGGAGCCAGGGAAUCAGGAAAGCAUCGUGUUGCCCCUCCGCCCGCCGCACAGCAGUCGGACUUUGGACCAGCUCUAUGCCAAGCUUUUUCAACGACAGAAGGACGGCAAGCUCGGCAUGCGACUCGUGGGGCAGGACGUUUUGGAGCUCGCAGCGCGCGUGGCCAGAAUGGAAACACUGGCGCCGAACCUGCACGAGCACGAGAAGGCCAACCCUGGUGGGGCCCACAAAACCAUGACAGCCUAUGCUGCCUUGAUCCUGGACUCCAUGCAGAAGUACGAGAACAGCUCUGUGCUGGGCCUUUGGUGCACAGAGGCGCUGAUCACCUUGUUUCGGGCGGGCGACGCGUACCAACAAGCUGAAUUCUGCGUGCCUUUCUUCAGGGCCUUUGUUGGUGUGGCCCUGCGCUUCCGCGAUGCCCAUAUGCCCAGCCUCCACUUGCGACUGCUGCAAGGCAUGGCAGACGUUGUCAGCCCCGACUGCCGGCUUUGUGAUCCGGGGCUUGUUGACUACAUCAUUGACCAGCUCGACAGGAACAGGAACAAGCUCAACACUCUCACGGUGGAGCAUGCGCUUGCCAUUCUUUGUGUCCUUCGAGCACCACACCGGGUCAGUGAGCAGAUACGGCAUUGCCUGCUGGUGAUCCGCGGCUUGAAGUCCGAGCCAUACCUUUGCGUCCGGGCUUUGGUCACCGCAGCCGAGCUCUACGAGGUUGUUGGAAGCCUCAUUGAGCGCGAGAGGGCAUCAAAGCAGAACACGCGGGGCUACUAUGGAGGCUACGCCUUCGAUGAAGAUGCCCAGGAUGCCUUUGUUGCUGAGCUGGGCCUUCCACCCGCAGGCAUGGACGUGCGACUUGUGGCGACCGUGAUGGACCUGUAUCCCAGCAAUCGCAAACUUGCUGGUGCAGCACUGCGUGCUUUUGCAGCCAUGGCAAAAAUCACAAGAAAGCACUUGCAAGACAUUGUGGCUGGGGAGGUGAGGCCCAUUUCCAACACCCUGCAUGAGCAUGCCAAGAGCCGCUCCGUCAACCUCCAUGUUGCAGAGCUCAUCCUUCUGGUGGCGAAGACGCGGACAGAUCUUGUAUCUGAUGGACUGAUGAUGAUGGCCUGCAAGUCGCUGAGGAGUUCUACGCGAGAUGCGGAAAUCGUGCGCCACAUCUUGGUGUCUUUGCAGACCUUCCUUGCCCAGGCAUCCUCCAGUUCCAACGGAGGUCCAGCAGCCGUGAACCGAUCCCUGGCACAAGCGCUGCCGUUUGACGUCCUCGUGCGUGUGGGCGACAUUCACCACGAGAACUCUGACGUCGUUUCCCCUUUGUGUCGCUGCAUAGAUCUGCAGGCGGGAGCCUCCAAAGAGUAUCGCGAUGACUUCGUGAACGCCGGCGCCAUGGCAGUCCCGCUUCGUGUUUUCGACGAGGCAGAGGUGCACACUCCCGAAGCAUGCGCGGCUUCAGCCCGGAUCAUGAAGGUCUUGUUGACGGAGUCAAAGAAAGCCGCCAGUCAAUUCAUGGACGCUGGUGGCCCACGGCUACUCCUCAACGUCCUGAGCAAGCAGUCGGACAGCUCCGAGGUCGUGCACCACUGCUUCGCAGCCAUGGCCGUGGCUGCACAAUUCCUGCCAGUCCGCUGGGCGUUGGUGCAUCCGCAGCUACCCCACACAAUGACCUUCCUGGACCAGAUCCUGCGUGUGGCGGAUGCGCACGUUGCCUCCAUUGCAGACGUGUUGCCGUGGGCUUGCCUUGCGGUCGGUGUCCUCACCGAGUGUGAGCAUGAGGAGAGCCAGGAGAUGAUGCGAGCAGCUAUCAACCAGGAUCUACUCCAGAGCAUGUUGACAAAGAUGCGCUCUCAUUACUCUUUCCGUGGUGAUCUGGACUUCUGCAUGCAGCUCAUCGACAGCGCUGCGAGCUGCGACCUGUCGGACCGUGUCAUCCUCUCUGAAGAUGGCGCGCUGCUCAAGAUGCCAACGCCGAGGUUGGAUGUCCCAGAGCCGCCCAAGGAUUUCCACGCAGAGACCGUUGCCAUCGUCCCCGAACCUGUCAACAUACAGGGUGACUGGCACGAGCCAUUGGACGUGUUUGGGCCUUUAAGAACGCUGGGAGUUGGCAAGUCGGCGGCCGAAUUUGGCGCGGCAAUUACGAAGGAGCAAAUCGACGUGCUGCGAGGUGUGGCUUCUGCGCCAGUCAAGCAGCAGAUCGCGAGCCAGUUUCUGCGAGCGGUUCGAGACGAGUACUUGGAAGGCAAAGCUGGGGCUAUCGAGACCUUCAUGACAAGGAGAGGGCCUCCAGAAGAAGGUGACGAUGGGGUCCUCUAUGAAGGAGAGUACCUACUUACAGCUGAUGAGCAAAGAGCACUGAGGCCGUUCAUUCAGCGGAUGCAAGACGCGCCCGAAAAGCCCAAAGAGUUUCUGGAGAUCGAGCACCGGUGGAAUGUCAAGGCUGCAGAGGACAUGCCAGAAGAGCAAGGCUUCUUCGCCUCUGUCUUCGGUGGCUCCACGCCUGCCGCAGCUGAGCCAAAGGCAACAGUCGAGGCUGACUGCCACAACGUCAUAGCCACGGGGUGCGCCGACGGCAAGGCCAGAAUUCAUGACGUGCGUUCUGGUCGGCAGCUGGUGAGCACCCGGCAUGAUGCCACCAACCGCGAUGGAAUCAAUUCCCUUCUGCUGGCGCCGGGGCCACGUGGGCCGAUCCUGCUGACCGGGGCCUGGGAUGGUCGCUGGCACGAGUGGGAGCAGUGGCCCACACGGCCGGCCAAACCUGCAGAGUUUCUUCGAGGAGAGCCGGGCGUAGGUCAUGACAACCACUUGCAUGCCAUUGCUCUCAGUGAUUGCUGCAACUACCUGGCCUGCGCCUGUUCGGCAGGAAGAGUCCUCGUGUAUCGGCGGAAUUGCCCGACUCGAGAAAUUGAGUUGGCCGACGCGGAUGAUGUGGCGGAUCUGAAGGAGUCGCUGAAGCUUGGAGACCACGGCGAGUUUGUGGUGCAACGCCGCUUGGAACUUGCUGAGGGCGCUGUCGUCGUGGAGCCUCAGGACCAGCUCCUGCCGGAAGCUUCCCUGGAGGGAUUCAAAAAGCGCUCAGACUUGGAUGCCGUUGAGCUGCCUGCUCGAUUUCGCUUGCGGUUUGUUGGCUGUCUGACCAGUGGAUAUCGGAAAGCUUGGCGCUCCUUGGAGCACGGUGGCGCUGUCCAUUGCCUCGUCUUGGUGCGGGAAGGCUGCAAGGAGUACCUCUAUUCAGGCUCACGUGAUCGCUUGGUCCGAAAGUGGUCUUUGCUUGAGGGUGCGCUCGAGCUGACGCUCCAUGGGCACUCCUCCAUGGUCCGUUGCCUGGCUGCCAACGAGCUGUACUUGGCCAGUGGCGGCGAUGAUCGCAGCAUUUGCAUUUGGCGACGGGAUGAGAUCACAAACACGCAGGUGAAGGAGCUGGAGUGCAGCAGCCGAAUCACAAGUCAUACAGACUUUGUUCGUGCAGUCGCACUUUGCAACAGUUUUCAUGAGCGAUUGCUGUCUGCGGGCGAUGACCAGCGGGUGAUCCUGUGGAACGUUCACCGAAAAGAGAAGCUUCGUGAGUAUCAGCACCCGUGUAAUGUUGCCGCUGUGGUGCUGAUGGGUUCAGCUCUGGCAACUGCUGGGGAGGAUGGAAGACUGCGCAUUUGGAACACUGAGUCUGCAGAGCUGCAGCACAACUUGAAGCAUCCGCAGCGCCUCACCAGCCUCUCCUCUAUGCGGGUCUUCUGA